AUGACUGAUAUAUUGCACCAGGACGCCUCUCAAGUUGACGUGCGGCUCUAUCGUGGUUUGGCAUUUUCAAAGCUCGGUAGGUGGCAGCACGCACUGAAAGACCUAAAGCUUGUUUGCCAAGCAAAGCCAUCAUCGACAGUGGGAUUCUACGAAAAAGGCUGCAUACUCCGUCGUAUAGAACCCUGGCAGUGUAUUCAGGACCUCAGCACGUGCCUCUUACUUUCCAACGAGCCACACCUUCUAAAAGAUAUAUAUACUCAGCGAGCCGUCACAUACUACGAGAUGAAAGAGGCGAUAGACAGCUUUGGCAGGGCGCUAACCAACGCAUUUCAUCCAACCACCGCCCUCUCGCACUCCGCCUUCGCACUUUUCAAAGCUAAAAAGUACGAAGCAGCAGUUAAGAGAAUGAAAAAUGUGCUCGAAUCCGGAAACGUAGACUCUUACUCGAGAUUCUUGCUUGGAAAGUACCUCUUUGAAGUUGGCGACUUUCAGGAAGCCAAAAAAGCCAUUCGUUCUGUUGCGAGUGUAAACCCCGGAUCCAUGGGAGAUCAUACGAAACACCAUGUCCUUCUGCUGUCAUUCCUUGGAGAACAUCGGCAGGCUGCGGCGAUGUUCCAUGCACUUUGCUUAACAAAGCCCUCCAUGGGCCGUUUUCUAACCCUCGGCAAGUAUCAAAUGAAGGCCAAGAUGUAUCGUCAAGCUAUACACACUUUCUCCGCCAUCCUCCACCAAUCUCCAGCGGUUUGUUUUAAAGAACUAUAUCUGCCUUUAACUGGAGUGUCCUUUAAGAUGAGUAACGUUGUCCAGUAA